AUGUGUAGUCAAGAUUUUUAUAAUAAUCUUGUUUCUUGUGGAAAAUCGUGUGAUCAAGCUAUUGACGAACCAUCAAAAUUUGAAUCCGAUUGUAGAAUUGGAAAUCACCCAAUACAACUCGAAAAAGGAGGAAAUACAAAUGAAACGCCGCAAAAGAACGAUACAAAUGCAAACCAAAUUCCCACAUCAAAUUCGAAUUCGAAUUCAUCGCCUCUAAGUUUUGUUGCAACGAUUGGAACUGUAGUAGGAGUUUUAACAGGAAUUGUGGGAUUAAUUACCGCACUUAUUAUACUUAGAAAGAAACUUAAAGAAAGAAAUAAUAACAAUAACAAUGUCAAUUAA